AUGCCAACUCUCUGCGUCCUCUACAUAUCUUCUAUUCCUGUUUUGAAGGAACCAUCUGGCAUUUCAGUGCAAGAUGGCAAGCGACCAGACGGUUGUACUCUUACUCCUUGGAGAGCUGGUAAAUGUUUGGCUUGGGAUGUUACGGUUCCUGGUACCUUGGCCGAGCGCUACGUUCACCUUACCAGCAAAGAAUGUGGUUUGGCUGCAAUCAGACCUUCGGACGAAAAGAUUAAAAAAUAUGAACACGCCCUGCCUUCGUUAGACUUUUUGCCAAUAUGUAUCGAGGUCCUUGGACCCAUGGACCCCAAUACUUCAAAAUUUAUUAAAACAUUGUGUAAAAUGAUUGGUGUUCGGUCAGGUGACAACAGAGAGUUCUUUUUUGCAAUAAACCACAUCUCGUGUUUGUUACAGCGAUUUCUGCGUGUUUGUGUGUCGGAAAAUAUUAAUUUAAACGCCGACGUGUGA